UGUUUGACCCAUAUGCCAUGAACACAUAUUACAUCCCAAUUUUAAUUGGCUGUGGCUAAAUAUUGAGGGAAUCUUUUAUUGGAGACGUGAGAAUAGAUAUGUUCAAUUGAUGAUUGACGAUUGCUGUUAUGGGCUGUUUCAUUUUAAGAAGUUAAUAAAUACGUGUGUUUUUUUACUAAUAUUUUAUAUUUAGUACUUUAAAUUAUUUUGAGUACAAAAUGGCAUUUACAUUAGUGAGUCCUGACAAUUAUGACACUUUGAUUAAAACUUUGGAAGGGCGACUUCCACGAUCUGCAAUGUCGUACAAUGUUCUGAAAAUGCUCCGUGGACACUUGCACCCUCCAACAAUUACUACCGAGGUGUACGCCUUCAAUGGAACUAUUGUGAAAGAACAGAACACGGACACUGUCUUUAUUUCAAUAAUUCAAUAUCGAAAAGUUUACAACGAUUACGCCGUAAUCAUCUCGUCACCUGAAAUUGUCAAUCUUGAAAUGACGAGUGCAUUAGACAAAUUAGUAGACUGGAGUCUUCCAAUAUGUUUUUGUGCUGUGGAUGAAGCAUUUUCAGAAACCGUUGCAGAAUUGUGCUUACGAAAUGGUCAGCUUGAAGCUAAGGAUCAAUGCCAGUUCAUGGCUAUGAGCAGAGAUAAAGCAGUUUCAAUUGAUGUGGAUGUGCCGAGCCUACCAGGAGGGGAAUCCAUAGUCGUAAAAGAAUUAUCGCCAGGCGAUGGCGGUCUUGUUGCGCGACGCUGGAAAUUUUCUAGCGAAGGAAGCGAGACGAUGAUUUCCGAUACCAUUAAGCACACGGGGUCGGCCGGGGUCUACGUGAGUGGGGAAUUGGUCAGCUGGGUGGUUAUUUUUGUAAUUGGGUCCAUCAAUGCGCUUUACACAGAAGACGCCCAAAGAGGAAAAGGUUACGCGGCUCUGACGAUGCGAAAGGUGUGUAAAGUGGCUGGCGACAAGGGCUUGGUUCCAAACGUGCAGGUUCAGAUUGGAAAUACAGCUUCAAAAAAGCUUAUGCACAAAGUUGGGUUAGAAGAUUCGCAUAUCGUUGAGUGGAUAAGUUACAACCCAAAUACUAGUCUAUAACCACGAUGCUUAUAUAUCGUACAAAGAAUUAACGGGUUAUGCUAUUACUUAUUUAGAAUUAUUCCUGGUAGUUUUUAAUUAGUUGAUGUAUGUAUAUGAAAAUAUGUAAAUCGAUUAUAGUUUCGUAAUCUCCACUUGGAUUGAUUAAUUUAUAAUUAUGAUAAUUUUCAGACCAUAAGUGUUGCAAUUAUUCUAUUAUCAGCAUGUCUUACAUAUUGCGAUUUCACCAAUAAAAAUUAUGAUGGAGGUGAUUAUUCAAUCGAGACCUUCACAGAAACCAAUUUACUAAUUGUGUUUAUUUUUUACCAUGUGUCAAUAAUGACUUAAUAAAUAUUUGUAAGAAAAAAAA